GUGAGCGCCCACGUGACUCCACCCACAUGCCCGAGUUGCUCUUAUGAAACCAAAACACGGCUUUUAAACGCUCCUCUGGACACUGUUGCAUUUUCACAAUUAUUUUCCUUCCUUCAAGCAAAUAACCCAACAUGUCCAUUUACAGGAACGCCGUUUGGUUCAUGAAAGGACUCCAGGAGUAUACGAAGAGUGGCUACGAAGCUGCAGCAAAGCAUUUUGUCCCAAAUGACCUGGAUGUUAACCUGACUGGGAGGUCCUUCAUGGUCACAGGAGCUAACAGUGGGAUAGGAAAAGCUGCAGCGCAGGAAAUUGCUGCCAGAGGGGGGACUGUGCACAUGGUGUGUCGAAAUAAAGGACGAGCAGAAGCUGCCAAAGAGGAAAUUGUGGAGCGGAGUAAAAAUGAGAAUGUUCAUGUUCACAUUGUUGACAUGUCCAGUGCCAAACAAGUGUGGGAGUUUGCACAGAACUUCUCACAGAACAACAAAAUCCAUGUGCUGAUCAAUAACGCUGGAUGCAUGGUCAACCAGAGGGAGCUUACGGACGAGGGUUUAGAGAAAAACUUUGCCACAAACACCCUUGGCACAUACAUCCUCACCACUGCACUCAUUCCUUCGCUGAAGCAAGUCGAAGACCCAAGAGUGAUCACGGUGUCCUCAGGUGGCAUGCUCACUCAGAAGCUGAACGUGGACGACCUCCAGUUUGAGAAGGGCGCUUUUGACGGCACCAUGGCUUACGCUCAGAAUAAAAGGCAGCAGGUGGUUCUGACGGACAAAUGGGCCGCUCAGCACAAAGACAUCCACUUCUCCUCCAUGCACCCCGGUUGGGCUGACACACCAGCGGUCCAGUCCUCCAUGCCUUCCUUUCAUGCUAAGAUGCAAUCAAAGCUGAGGACGGAGGCCAUGGGCGCCGACACGGUGGUGUGGCUCGCCGUUUCCGCUGCCGCCAUCAAACAACCAAGUGGCCUCUUCUUCCAAGACCGCAAACCCGUGCCGACACAUCUACCCCUCGCCUGGUCCCGCCCCUCAGCACAGGACGAGGACCAACUUCUGGCAGCACUGCAGGAACUGGCCCUUAAGUUUAAGCCUUAAAAUCGUUCUUCCUGUAAUGAAGCACUCCUCAAUGAUGUAUACAUGUUUACAUUAUCUGAAAAUGUCGACUUUUUUCAACAACAUAAUGUGACUGAAACCUGAAGGAAACAUUUAAACACUAA